CCGGGGCCUCCUGAGCUCGCGGGUUUCUACGUCGACAGCCUUUGCGCGCUUUUUGAGAUCGUCUGUUCCUAGCUCUGGGGAAUAGGCACAGCUGACAGCGCUGCUGACAAUCUGCUGACUGCUGACAGGGACAGGCUGCAUAGCAGCGGUCAAAAAACAAUCUACCUCUGAUCCGCAGUGGUCAUUAUGGAUCCAGAGCCCAACUGGUCUCCUAUCUUCCGCGCUGUUAUGGACCUUGAUGUUCAAGCUCUGCGGCGCGAGCUCGCGUCUGGCGUCGACGUUAAUCUGAUGGAGGACAAAACCACGCCGCUCUAUAUGGCUGUGAUUUUUGGUAGUUCAUACGCUGAGGAAAAGUUACAGGAGCGACUCGAGUGCAUCUCAAUGCUCUUGGAGGCUGGCGCUUCAAUAUCUAAUAUUGGCCGGGGAGCAACUGCAUUACAUCAUGCUGCGAGCAAUGAGUCCCCGGCAUUCCAUCCCGUCAUCAAGCUACUCAUGGAAUCGGGCGCCGAUGUUAAUGCAGUUGAUUCUUUGGGCGAUUCCGUGUUAGCUGCGGCAGCAGAAAGUGGUACGACCGGCGCUGUCAGGAUGCUCAUCUCGGCGGGCGCCGUGGGUCUCGACCGAGCCCUGGACCUAGCGAUUACGAAUGGCAAAAUACGCAAUUGCGCUCAGCUCCUGCGCGCCGGCGCCGCACUACCGGCCGUAAUAACCGCGCCCGCGCCGCCGCCGUAUUCGCAAAGGCGCGGUUUCCCGCAAAUGUGCGCUUACAUAGGGAACAUCCGCGCGGCGGGAAAUUACAAAGCCUACGAGAAGGCGCAUCGUCAGCGCCUCGUGGCAAUAUUCCUCCCGAAACUGCCUCAUCUCCCGGCCGACGUGCUCGGGCGCGUCGUCGAAAUUUUAUGGGAUAUUGGGGGUCACGAAUAAUGUGCACUGUUAAUAGCUAUUAAGGUUACACAUAGAU